AUGAAUGAGGAAGAAUUAUUGAAACGGUCAGCUGCAGAGAGGGAUAGAAUAUUCAGCUGCUAUGACCGGGGUAGAGAAAAUGGGGUUGAAAUUGACCCUUGGGAGGAUCCUGCUUACGAGGUUUACCAUACAACCGAUAGAUAUGGAUUUAUCCAUGAUAAGAGAUUGCCAAUGAAAAUGGAUCCAAAUGAAAUUAAACUUCAUCAUGUGGAAAUGGAAAGGGUAAAGAAAUGGGAAAAAAUGACAAAGGACUGGGAAAGCGCCAGCACUAAGGAAAAAUUACGGCGCAGGAUAUACAAAGGCAUUCCCGAUAGAUUUCGUGGGCAAGUCUGGUGUCUUCUUUUGGGUGUUAAAACAUUAAAGAAAGAGCAAGCUGGAAAGUACGAUGAAAUGUUAAAACUCGCUAGGCAAUGGUCAACUGAAAUUAGGCAAAUUGAUGCAGAUGUUGCUAGGCAAUACAGGGAUCACAUUGACUACAGGGAAAGAUACAGUAUUAAACAACGUUCCAUGUUUUACGUUCUGGCUGCGUACAGUAUGUAUAAUAUGGAAGUUGGGUACUGCCAAGGUAUGUCCGUCCUAGCUGGAUUGCUAUUACUUUACAUGAAUGAGGAGGACGCAUUCUGGGGACUCUCUGUAUUACUUGCCGAUAAGAAAUACAGCAUGCACGGAUUCUACGUGGACGGUUUUCCAAAACUAAAUCGGUUCAUCGAGCAUCAUGAUAAAAUCAUGAAUAAAUUCCUACCAAAACUUAAAAGGAAGCUGGAUAAAUGUGGUUGCGAUUCUAUACUCUAUGCCCUUAAAUGGUUCUUCGUAGUAUUUCAAGAAAGGACUCCAGUAACCCUGGGUCUUCGUAUUUGGGAUGUAUUCCUCCUAGACGGUGAUAGGAUCCUACCGGCGAUGGCGUACACCAUAAUGAAGAUGCAUAAACGCUAUCUCUUACCGAUGGAGAGUCUCGAUGAAUUCUGCAAUUAUCUGCAGAUGAAACUCGAAAAGGAUUUCGGCUUUGAUGAUGACACCGUCAUUAGUUCAAUGGAACGCAAUAUAGAGGAACUUAAACGUGCCAAAUUAGAUUAUCCUGGACCACCAUUGCCGCAAGAAUUGCCACGAUAUCCCUUUGGUACCUUUAAGGAACCCUCUUUUACAAGCAAGGUAGGAAGACGUAGUGAAGAAUUCAGUGAGGCCCAACAUGUCAUGAGAGAUUCUGUUACACAGCGUAGAGAUAUGGCCGUAAUGGAAGAAACAAGGGAUAGUUCGACACCUGUGGAUCCCGUAAGCUGCGGCGGACUCGGGGGAAGUAAAUUCUCCUUCGAUCCGAGUCUGGAAGACGGGACCUCACCGAAUGGUUCCAGACGUUCCCUGGCAGACACUUCGGUGACUUCCACGGCGGAUCUCUCGGUGUUCAGCUCGGCGACCAGGUCGCAGGCGCUGGACAACAGCCUCGACACCCAGAGUAACAUUUCGGACGGUAGCUCAGGAAGCGGCGGACUUCCUACUCCGAGAGCCACGCCGCAUCAACCAAGUCCUGACGUGGUGAGAAUCUACGUUCCGUACACGCCACCGUCGCCGGCAUCCUAUAAGGACGACCUUCCUCGCACUCUGCCUCGCUCCUUGGAAACGAACAAAAUUCGCAUUCGGGUUGAUCCCGAUCAAACUCCCAUCGUUGAGAAUCUCAAGCCUUUUUCGCUCGAGAGUCCAGAACUCGAGCUUGACCUCAAGUAAUAUGAUCUUCAGAUCUCUCUCUUUCUUCUUGUCACGUUAAAAACUGUGCUAGAAAAGAGUAUCCCAGUUUACAUGAAAAUUGAGAGAUUCAGACAGAGGAAGGCAAUAUUAAUAAUGGGAGGACUAAUUAGAAAUGAAAAGCAAAAGAAAAUAUGGAUAUAUUGUAAUAUAGAUGACUAUCAGAAUUGUUGAAUAUACAUAUUAUACAUAGGGUUAUUUAGAUGGGUCAUUCAGUCAAUGGACUCAGGGUCUUUAUGCCUGAUUAUUCUAAUCAUACUCUAAUCUUCAAUUAGCCACUCAUUAUUAUGUUUCUCUCCGCCUUCAGGUAUAUUUAUCAUUGAUUAUUGACUCUUCAAACGAGAUCCAUCUUUCACAUUUGUCAAUUAUUAUUUUUAUCCAUGGUUUCAUUAUUCGUGCACAAGCAAUAGCUAACUUAUUUUCACAUUUCUCGGUCAGCGUACUGACUCCGACAAUUGACAGGAAAUAGAGUUCCUCGACUCUUAUUGACUGGUCUUGCAACUGUACUGUACCUAAUGGUUUUUUUUAUAUCUAUUAAUAUGAAUAUUCUAAUCAAUAAUUGGGCAUGGAAAAUUAAUCGUCCCCAAUCACAUCAGAAGAAGACAGAAGAUUUUUUGUCACCUAUUUAAAUUCAAGUUUUCUUUGAUGGGACCUAUUCGAGGAAAUAUUUAAUAAUUCAUCUUCAAUGGGCGGUAAUGGACGUGAAAAAUUACUCACUCGUCUCCUCUUAUUACAUAUAUUUAUAUAUAUAGUUAUUAUAGUUUUUACAUUACACAAUAUGAUUUUUAUACUUUUUCUCAUAAGUCGGGAAUUUAGCAACGAGAGGAUACAAAUUCCGCAUUCACGAAUUCACCAAAAGACGAAUCUAUAGGCAACAAGGAAUGUAAUGAUUGAAAACAAAAACAGUCAUAUUACGAUAUUAAUUACUUUGAUAAGUUGUAUCCAAGUUCAGACAUUCCUAGUUAAUUAUAAAUACGCGUAAGGAUUACACACGACGAGGAAUUACUUAAAGCGAGACUUAUAUCAACGACGAAACGGAGAAGGAUAAAAACAACCAAGAAAUACAUACGGUUCCUAUUGAAAAAUAUGAACGCAUCAAUUUCAAAUUGUUCAGAAGAAGGAAAUAAAGGAUAUAAAAAGGAUAUAGCUCCUUAGACAAUAACGACACUGUUUCUAUAUAUUGAAAUUUCAUAGUCACGUACGAGAGAUGGUACAAUAAUCUUUAUUUGUCGAUCGAAAGAGGAAAUAAAGUGAAAUGAAGUAAAAAAAAAAGAAUCAAACGAUAAUUAGCUUUCAUUACUUUGAACGUGAUAACGAAAAAUACGGUUCAGUCUGUGGCCUAAAUCUAUUUAUUAUAGAAUAUAUGUUGACAAAAUUAUUUCUCUUUUAUGAUAUGUAAUUCGCAAAGUCCACGAAUGGCGCACUCAGAUAACUAAUUUAGUUCUGUACGUUUCUACGAAAACAAAUCUUUUCUAUGUUUCAACGGCUCUCCUAUAUUAGACCUGGAUAAUUUAGCCAUAUUUUUAGCUGCGACUAUCCUGUCCUCGAAGAGGUCCUACCGACCGUGGGGACGAUCAGGAAAUGCAGGAAGCAAUCGCGAACGUGUAUUCCAAUAUUAUUAGCAAUACGACUGUCUGGUCUGACGGAAUGAAGGGACACGCUUGAAUGUAAAUCACAUAGUAUGCGUGUAAAAAUAAUUAGAUUAAAAUUCCAUUGUUGAUUAAAUCUACUAUUAAUGAAAGCGUCAAUAUUAAAAUGAAAAAUGUAAGAUUGAACAAAUUUUAAAAAAUAGUUAUCUUCCGGGUAAGAUGACAAAGAGACUCCUGCGAUUACAAUGAAGAAUAAUGAGAAUCAAAGGAAGAAAUUUAUUUGCAUUUAGUCGCCGAUGAAUAAUUAUAUAUAAAUUGUAUUAAAACAUAAAUUGUAAACGAAAAAUUCCCUCUACUCUGGUAAAGAAACAAUAUUAUUGAGAAGCUUCUGAAAACAUCUGACGUAAUACUUUAAGCAAGUAUCAGCACCUAAUCCUUUUUUAUAAAUGUCCUAGUAUAGUUGAGCGAUGAGACAUAAUAUAAUAUAGCGCGUGCUUUGACCAUCCAGCAUAUUCUCAACCAGAUAUAAGGGAAUCAUUGAGUAUAGAUUAAGCGAAAACCGAUGUUAUUAGUAUAGUAAGACGCUAUGUGGAUGUUUGGCAGUGUAGGAAAGGACAAAGGCGAGCAGAAUGAAGAUAAAAAAAGAAAAAUUUAAUCGUAGAGAUGAUAUUAACGAUAAGAAUCGAUUGCUAUAAAGGCAAAGCACGAAAACUGUAUAUUAAAAUGAAAGGACAAUGUAAUAGAGAUAUAGAAGAAGUAACAUCAAUUGUCCGUCGGAUGUGUUUAGUGCGGUGGGAAUAAUAAAGUAGCCAAAUAAG